AUGAGUGAAGGGUUUUUGGUUUUUCUUGAUCAUUGCCAUAAACAUCUACCUCAAGGCAUUGACGAAUACAAGUGGUGGACAACCAUUGCAAAUGGAAGUUAUACCUCGGGUUCAGCUUCAGAAGGGCGCAUCCGUUCACCAAUCCACAGGCGAUAUGAUGAUGAUGUGGGACGGGGGCUAAAUUAUGUGGGGUAUAGCUUGGAGGCGAUUAUGCAUCAUCUUGCAAUUACACCUUCUGUUGGAGUGCCAAAUCAUUAUACUUAUAUUCCUACUUGGGAUGAACGUUGGACAAAACAUAUAGGAGGUGCAGGCACUAGCGAGGCUGGAGACGGAGAUGAUGACGAGGAGGAUUGA